AUGAUUGAGGGUCUCAAGGGCCAGUUUGGCGAGCUGCAGCAUCAUCCCUGGCUGGAAAAGGACACCUCGGUGUUUCUUAUGAAUUUCGACAGGAAGACGGCGGUGUAUCUCCUUCGAAUGCACGUCAUCUGCCCCGUCAUGGAUUUCCUCAUCCACGCGAUGGAAAUUAUCAAUGGCAGACAGUUCUGGAUCGUGGAGCCCUUCAAGAGUGAUGAUCAGCACGAACCCCGAAUCCUUGGAUCAUACGACUUUAUGGCUAUGGAGGGACUUCAGGUGGCAUUGCGCCCAUGGUUCUGGGAGAAUGAGGGAGGCGAGCCAUCGGAUGGAGUACCUAUCGACCAAGAUGAUCCGUCCGAUGGAGAAGAUGAAGACGAUUCUUCGGACGAAGAGGAUGACGAUGAUGAAGACGACGAAGACGAUGACGACUACGAUGAGGAUGACGAUGAGGAGGACGACGAUAGCGAAGACGACGACGGUGACGACGACGAAGACGAACGUUUUCAGAACCGGGAAGAGCGAGACUGCAUCAUCAAGAAUUUCAAGACUCCAAGUCCCGGCUCAAAGCUCCCGACGGCCAUGGCCUACCUGGUCAAAUAUGGAGUUGCUUACCUUGCUGUGACGGGUUUGCCCGAGUUCACUAUCGGCAACACAAACUGCCAAAUCACGAUGGAAUGCCCAGACAUGGCUAAAGAGUCGACGGUGGCGGGUCGACUUGCUGCCGGGACUGGAGUCAUGCGCAUCGCGACGAGCGGGAAGCGUGGAGAGUUUUGCCUCAAUUUCAUGGGCUCCCUCUUGAAGUGUUUCAAGCACUUUCGUAAGUGGGAUAGCUGA